AUGGCUUUCCACUCUAAAUGGACAGAAAAAGAACAAAAAUUUAAAAAUUAUAUUUUGCAUGUAAUAGCACAAUCUCAACAUCCUGUUACUAUAAAAGCUAAUAAUUUGCUUCCUACCUUAUCUCUGUCAUUUUUUUCGCAGUAUAUAUCUAUUUGGCCGUACGAUUUGACAGCGGAUAAAAGAGAAAUUUUUAUUCAUCAAAUCAGAUGGUGGAUAUCUUUUAUAAACGUUUGCAUUCUAUUGGUACCUCUAAUCUUGGGAGUAUAUUAUUUUCGUCACGACAAUGUUAAAAUGACUAAAACUUUAUCAGAACUUACUUGUUUAACAGAAAUAUUCUUUAAUUUAAUUCAAAGCAAGCUGGAGCUCAAAAAUUUUCAGAUAGUAUUUCAUGAAAUCGGAACAUUUAUCAAAGAAGCAAAUAAAAAUGAUACUGCACUUUUACAAAAAUAUCUAAACAAAUACAGAGAUUUUCAGUUAUUAAUGGGCCUAACAUUCAUUUUAGUAGCUAUAUUAUUUUCUCUCAUGCCAAUCGUAACCCGUCAAUCUUUGCCUGCUGAUGCGUGGUAUCCAUUUGAAAUUAAAUCCUCCAUUAUUUUAAUAUGCAUUUAUGCAACACAGGUUUUAGCUAUUUUUCAGACUGCAUUUGGAAUAUUUGUCGACAUAAUGGUUGCUUUUAUGCUGUGGUUCAGUGCUGCAAGAUUUGAAAUGUUAGAAAUUGAACUUCAAAAAGCAGUCAGUGAGCUAGAAUUAAAAAACUGUGUUCAUCAGCAUCGAAAACUUAUUAUAUUGACCAACAAAAUAAAAACUGCUGUAAAAUUAAUUAUAUUAAAAACAAAUGCCACUAUGUUAUUAGCUGUCAUAUGUGGUGCUUUUCAGCUUCUACAUCACGAAUCUUUAGAAGUAUUGAUUCAAUUCGUUAUGCUAGUUGCAGCUGGUUGCUUGAGAUUAUAUGUGAGUGCUAAAGCCGCUGAUGAUUUGAAAGAAAAUAAUGAUCGAUUUUCCCGAAGUAUUUUGUACACACCAGUAAUUCGUAAAUCUAAGUCAGCGAGUAAAUUGAGCUCGCUUUUGACAUUUUUCAGCCAAAGACCAGUUGUAGUGAGUAUUCCAGGUGUAAUAAAAGCAUAUACGUUGCAAUAUUAUGCUUCGUUUUUAUCAACAACAGUUACAUAUUUUUUGCACUUAAGAAUAAUAUUAGAUGAAUAA